CUUUCUCCGAAAAGAUGAACCUGGCAAACGAUAGCAAACAAAGCCGUGCAUCGCAUCGUCGCAAGCGACAGCCCGUCAGCUGCCAGCAUUGCCGACACUCCAAGCUGCGAUGCGAUCGCCAGCACCCGUGUACCUCUUGCAAGCGACGCGGACAUGAGGCUUCUUGUUCAUUCCAGCCUACCUCGACUGCUCACGCACGGCCGCGUACAGCGGGUUCAGCUGUUGUUGGAGCCCGAUCUCCUGUAGUCCCAGCCCAGCCAGAGCUGGUAUCCGAUAAGAACCAGGCCCCUCCAGACAGCGACUGGGAAGUCGUGCUCGAAAGGCCUGCUCCGGAAUACGAUGUCACUGCAGUCCCAGACACACUGUCUCCCUUCUCAGUGGGCCGGGGCCUCUCUCUCAAGGAGAUUCUCGAGAUCCUCCCUCCGAGGAACUGGUGCGACUUUUUGGUGUCCCACUUCUUCACGCAUAUAGCUGCUCUGUUUCCCAUUCUUCAUGGUCCGACGUUUCAGGCGCAGUAUGCUGCCUUUAUGCAGAAUCCCUAUGAGGGGGACCUGUCGUGGUUGGCGUUGCUGUUCUCCAUCUGCUCUCUGGUGCUGUAUACCAUGGAUCCAAACGAUCCUAAAUUAAAAGGGCUCUGGCCGAAACGGUCGAAUAACCCUGCGCAAGAGCUUGUCUCUCUGUCUCGCCGGCUUCAGCAAACGGCAAUGGCCUGCCUUUCGAAAGAUCAGUUCUUCAUCCGACACAAACUGAGCACGUUAGAGGCCUUGCUGAUGGUAAUCUACAAUCUCUCCCACAAUGAGUCCGUUGAUCAGGGCUGGGCCUUGCUUGGAAUGGCACUGAAUAUCGGAAUUGCCCUCCGCUGCAAUGUCGACUCGCAGCAUCUCAGCCCUAUCGAGACUGAACGACGUCGUCGCUGCUGGGCCGGCCUCCUCUCCCUGCACACAUACCAGAGCAUACUCUUCCGCGACGUCGACAUGUCCUUCCUGCUCAACAUCAAAACCACCAUGCCAGCAGACGUCAACGACUCCGACAUCACCGAGUCCGGCGUCUCUGCACCCUCAAACUCUCACAAACCAACGCAAAUGUCCGUCAUGAUCUCCAAAGUCCGCCUCUUCCGCCUCUCCACCAAAAUCUGUCACCACAUCUCCGGGCCCUCGCGCCUCGACCCUGUCCUCCUCUCCAACUUCGACGCCGCCAUCGCCGCAGAGCAACAACAUUGGGAUGACACCUUCCUAACUACCCAAGGCUCCCCCAGCAUUCUCGACUCCAGCUACGCCCAUUGGUGCAUCCUCCAAACCUACGCCUACCACCUCUACCUCCUCCUCCACCGCCCCUUCCACCACUCCCAGAAACCCUGCUUCAAACCCUCAUCCAGAGAACGCUGCAUCGCAUCCGCCGCAGCACUAAUAUCUAUCCACAAACAACUCUCCGAAGCCCCUCUACUACGGAACUACCUCUUCCUCUUAAACGGAGUCACAAGCCUCAAGGCCCUCCACGCCGCUGUAGCACUUGACUCGUGUCUCCUCGAUAUGCCAGAGGGGUUCGACGCCGCGCCGUACCGCGAGGAAUUGGAGAGCCUCGUCUCCCGCAUGGAGGAGUAUUCGACCCGCAGCUCGAUCUGUGCGAAGGGGUGUCGCAUUUUGAGGCAUCUUCAGGCUCGCGCUGGUGCUGGGAACCAUCCGCAGCCAUUAGACGAAACGCAGAUCGAGGGCACGUUCGAGGACUGGACGGAUGUGCGGGAGUGGUUAGAUGCGGAUUUUAUUAACUGGAAUCUGGACGGUGGGUUGAAUUCAUUGGAGUUUGCGGCAUGAGCUUGGUGAAUCGUCCAACUGGGGCAAUCCGAUUCCAGUCUGUCAUAUUCAACAAUAUUAUAUUGGAAUAAUAGUAGCUAGAGAGAUAAUGAUAAUGCACUUAAUACAUUUU